AUGGUAAAUACUAGUGGAAUUAUAGUUGUAAAAUUAAAUUAUUGUUUGGGUGUAAUGGGAUUUUUAGUUGGUGGUGAUGUUGGUGGUAAUUUUGGUUUUCAAGAUCAACGUUUAGCAUUACAAUGGAUUCAAAAUAAUAUUAAAUAUUUUGGUGGUGAUCCAAAUGAGUAUUGCCAAAGAAAAAUAUAUGUAGAAAAAGUUUAA